GGUGUGCUGCAGGCAAACCAUUGGCACAAAAGCGAGCCGGCGGUGCCACAGCGUGACGUUUUAGCGGCGUGAAGACGACGAGACACUCGGCCCAAGUUGCAGAGGAGCUCGGACGGCAUGCAAAGUUGUGAAAUCUCCUCAGACGGCGCUGAUGAUCCUCUUAGUAGCGGCCUGCGCACUCCUCGGCAGCCUCGAGUAGUUGUGAUCGGCGCUGGCGUGGCCGGCCUCGCUGCAGCCAAGGUCCUGCUGAAGACGGGCUUCACUGAUGUCACAGUUCUAGAGGCCUUAGACCGCAUCGGUGGGAGAGUUCAAAGUAUUGACCACGGUGAAACAGCUUUGGAGCUCGGAGCGACUUGGAUCCACGGCGGCAAUGGGAACCCGGUGUACCACCUGGCCGAGGACAACGGCUUGCUGGAACAAACCACAGAUGGCGAGAAGAGCAUCGGGCGCAUCAGCUUGUACAGCAAGAACGGCGUCGCUCACUACCUGACCAAUGUUGGCAAGAGGAUCCCCAAGGACCUGGUGGAGGAGUUCAGCGACCUUUACAAUGAGGUGUACCAGCUGACUCAAGAGUUUUUCCAGCAUGGGAAGCCCGUUGGGGCCGAAAGCCAGAACAGCGUUGGCAUCUUUACACGAGAUGUGGUGCGCAAGCGGAUUACGAUGGAUCCUGAUGAUUCCGAGAACACCAAGAAGCUCAAGUUGUCCAUGCUUCAACAGUACCUCAAGGUCGAGAGUUGUGAAAGCAGCUCACCCAACAUGGAUGAGGUGUCUCUGAGUGACUUUGGCGAGUGGACCGAGAUCCCCGGUGCGCAUCACGUCAUUCCAGCAGGUUUCAAUAAGAUUGUGGAGCUCCUGGCCAGGGACAUCCCCCCUCAUACCAUCUGCCUUAGAAAACCAGUCCGCUGCAUCCACUGGAACUACUCUGCCCAGCGUGACGAGUCGAUCGGCAAGCGUGACGACUUCAACCGGGACAACAACCACAAUCGAAACAACGCUGGGCGCCACGGUCCCCCGAAGGCGGGGAAGCCCAUUUGGGUGGAGUGCCAAGACGAGGAGUGGAUCAUGGCCGACCACGUGAUCGUGACGGUCUCCUUAGGUUUUAUGAAGUACAACCACGAGGCCAUGUUCUCCCCUUCUCUACCAGAGGACAAGGUGCUGGCCAUUGAGAGGCUGGGCAUCAGCACCACGGAUAAGAUUUUCUUAGAGUACGCCGAGCCAUUCUGGAGCCCCGAGUGUAACAGCAUUCAAUUUGUUUGGGAAGACGAGGCCCAGCUGGAACAGCUGACUUACCCCGAGGAGCUGUGGUAUAAGAAGAUCAGCAACUUCGACGUGCUCUAUCCCCCAGAGCGCUACGGCUACCUGCUGAGUGGCUGGAUAUGUGGCGAGGAGGCCGUCUACAUGGAGCGCUGCGAUGAUGAAACUGUCGCGGAGACAUGCACAGAGCUGCUCAGGCACUUUACAGGGAACCCCGACAUUCCAAAGCCCCGGCGCAUCCUGCGUUCCUCCUGGGGUAGCAACCAAUACUUUCGAGGGUCCUACUCCUAUGCCAGGGUGGGCUCUAGUGGCGGAGACUUUGAGAGGCUGGCCACGCCACUGCCUGACGCCAACAGCACCAAGGCUCCGGUAACAGUUCUCGACUGGUUCACUUCUUACAGUCGAAUGCCCCUGCAGCUCCUGUUCGCUGGCGAGGCCACCCACCGCAAAUACUAUUCCACUACCCAUGGUGCAUUGUUGUCCGGACAGCGAGAGGCCUACCGUCUGGUGGAGAUGUAUCAGGACUGGCACACCACUGAACACCACAAAGCCUAAUAUGUAAAUAUAAGCAAAAAACAAACAAACAAACAAACAAAAAAAAAACCUUUGACUCAUCUGAAAAACAAACACUU